CGGGCAUGUUGUUGCAGAUUUGGGGGAGAGGAUGCAAGGGGGGAGAGCCUGAAUAUUAAACCUUAUACCGUGUGCAUCGUCUACCUGCUCGCCAUUCCUACACCUGUUAAGAGAAAGACACGGUCAUUUCAGUUUCAUCCAAAGCCAUGAGGUUCGCACGCCUCUCUGUGAUGCUGCUGGUCACUUUGAUGCCCCUUGUUUCAGGUAUGAGCUUCAUGACUCCUGAGCCUGAUUCACCACCAACAUCAACCCCAGACUCGUACCCUCUGGGUGACCUGAUCCACGCCGCCCUGCAGAGUAAGGAGUACUUGGGAGAGGCUUCAGCAGGCACAGGUACCACCACCAACCCCACGCAGGCGGUGCCUGGGCUUGGGCAGACCGAGUCCACAGCGACUGUCAUAUCACCAGGGCUGCUCACCACAGCUUUGAGCUCCUCUUCUGCCGCGGGCCAGACAGGGCCCAGGAAUACCAUGUCCUCGCUGCCCGUAGAGGAGGAGACAACCACCACCCUGAUCACCACCACCACCAUCACCACCAUGCACAUGCCAGUGCAAUGCAAUGCAACUUUGUCAGCGAUGGAAGAUAUCGUCGAGUCACCCGAUCCUGCAUCGACAUCCUCUUUUUCCCCGCUGGAGUGCACCUACAGCAUCACCGUGUACCCGGGUUAUGGAGUGGAGAUUCAGGUGAGGAAGGUUAACCUUUCUAAGAAGGAGUCUCUGACCAUCAUGGGUUAUGGAGGUUUGGGACUUGAGCUCCUGGCCAACGAGACCUUGAUGCGAGAGGGUCAGGUGAUCCGCAGUGCGACCAAUCAGGUGUACAUCCACUACCGCAGUCUCCAGCAGAGCAACCACGGCGUGUUCAGCCUCCACUAUCAAGCCUUCCUGCUGUCCUGCCCGUUCCCGCAGUCUCCUGAGAGCGGGGGAGUGACAGUAACGGACAUCCAUCCCGGAGGUCAGGCUCACUUCCACUGCGACCCCGGCUUCCAGGUCCGCGGCCAUGAGGUGGCGACGUGUGUGAACACGACACAGCCGCACUGGAGCACCCCUGAGCCGCACUGUGUCGCUGUGUCCUGCGGAGGAUGGGUUCGCAAUGCAACAGUGGGCCGGAUUCUGUCUCCUCCUCCUCCGUCCGUCGGUAACCACAGCAACGGGAACAACCUGAGCUGUCAUUGGUUAAUCGAAGCCAAAGAAGGACACCGACUCCACCUGCACUUUGAGAGGAUCGCUCUGGACGAAGAUGAUGAUAAGUUAAUCGUGCGAAGUGGAAACAGUUCCCUGUCUCCACCGCUCUUUGACUCCGACCUGGAUGACGUCCCGGAGCGCGGGCUGCUGAGUGAGAGCGCCACGCUCUACCUAGAGCUCACCGCUGAUUCCUCCUCCAUCCCCCUGCUGCUGGCGCUGAGAUACGAGGCCUUCGAUGAUGAACACUGCUGGGAGCCCUACAUGCCCCAUGGCAACUUCAGCAGCAGUGACAUCACGUAUCAGCUGGGAACCACCGUCACCUUCGCCUGCUCCCCGGGCUUCGUCAUGGAACAAGGCUCGGCCACCAUUGAGUGUAUCGACCCGAGCAAUCCCCACUGGAAUGACAGCGAGCCCGUGUGCAGAG